AACGAAGCAAGUGAUUCACCUAAACACACUUCAGUACCUAUUCCCAGAUUUAUCACUAAGCAAGGUUAUCAAAAUAGAUCUAAGGAGGCUUCCGAAAUUUCAUUGGUUUUUGGCCCUCAUAUCAGUCUUCACUUAAAUAUAUUGCGUAAUACUUUUGUGAUCGAAAAUGCAACUCGUCUUGAUCCAGUUCUUGUUUUUUACACUGGUUCUCAAAAAUGUAUUCUUGACCUCUGCAAUGGAUAUUUACGUUCAACCAGGAACAGACGUUACCAUUCCAUGCUCGAUAAACAUUACCCCGUCAAAUAUACAGGCCCUCUACUGGCAGAAAGUCACCAACUCAACCGAGGGUUUCGAAACCCUGUAUUCCUUUUCAAAAUUUACUGACCUCGGAUGGCAGAGCCCUGUUCGGGGAUACGUUGUGAAUCAUACAGAUCUCGUUCUUCUCAAUGUAUCAUUUUCUCACGAUGGCAUCUAUAAAUGUAGGCUGUUGACUCACAGCAAAGUUGAAAUUAAAGAGACCAGCGCAUAUCUUCAUGUCAUUUUACCCCUUUCGGAGAUAAAAAUUUCAAAGGCGACAACAGGCGACGUGAUAACUGACGGCGCCGUUAUUGAAGUUCUACAUGGCGAAGAAACGGACGUAGAGUGCGCUGUUGUUGGAAAAGUGUAUCCACCGGUCAGCCUCCGUUUACAGACUUCGGCGAACAACAUAAAUGCGUCUAUCGCAAGAGUUCGGGGUUCAUCCAGUGCUGCCAAACUCAAUAUUUCGCAGCUAGCUCGGGUUCAGAAUAUCACCUGUAGGGCGGACCAAAUCGUCGCUGGGCGCUCUUACAAGAUGGUAGAGGCGACUUUUACCAUAAAGAGAUUAGAUCCUCGUAUAGCUAUCGCUAACUGCCUCGAUCCCAUUGAUUCCCAGCCUGGCGAUUGUUGUGUAAUCGGUGUGUCUUCAAACGUUUCAAAGAUAUCAGGCUCUAUGUUUAACCUAUCAUGUGAAGCACAGAAUACUGCCACGCCGUGGCAUAUGAAACUGUUUCGAGUAUCGGAUGAUCAGGUUGAUGAAGAAGAAGAGUCGUCAUUCGACGGUUACGCCAUAUCUGUGGUCGACGUCCCCAUCGACAAAAACAGCAAGUGGUUAUGUGUUGCAACACACUCUCUUGAUGAAUCCAUUAACAGAAGUAUCUGUGUUGAAACAACAGACUCGCCUGCAGUUGGAUAUGGUAAAUCCAAUCUUCAUAAAAGACAUCUAAUAAUAGGAUCCACCUUCGCUGGUCUUGUGAUAAUCGUAGCGAUGAUUGUUCUGAUCGUUUUCUUCAUUAGAAAGAGAAGAGCACGUUCAACAGUAUUCAAGGCAUAUGACCCGGAUUACACGUACAACAUCAUAGCUCCAUCUGUCGACAUGGACAACCCGCCUCUCAACGAUCAAGGUCCUGCAAUCUGGUCCCGAUUACCACCCCCGCCACCACCAAGCCUCAGAGCAUGA